GACUCUGACAAGGGUGCGCACUACUGGGGACGCUGUGUUCCUGAGGUGACACAGUAGAGAUCGGCAGCUCGACGAACUUUUCGCUUCUUUUCAACUAUCUUUAAACCAUGAUAACAGCACCAUCGAUACCGGCAUUGAGCGGACCAACAAUAUCAGGGAACGUGGUGGGACUUGGAGGAGCCGGCAUUGUCAGCGGAUGGAUAAGGGACGGAAUGGUCGCCGGCCGCGACAACGACAUAUACUGGACCGGCCAAACGACACGGGAUAAUGUCUCGGGACACUACACUACAGCGGCUAUUACGACUCCGAUGGUUGGCCAUGCUUCGGUUGCAGGAGAAGCCGAUGCAGAACCGGUCGCGGAUGGUGAGCUGGGUGGUAUGAUUCCCUUGCUCAGCACGCCCAGCUCUUUUCUUCGGCUUGGAAUCCCGACCCUGAGCGCCCGGGGUUCUCUCCUUCUUGGCUUCCUACAACUCCUGUGGCAAGCCAUUGUUACUUGGAGCAUCCGUCACCGCAUCAGGGCGAUAGUGUGGCUGGUCGCCAAAGCCCCCUUCAUCAUCCUCGGGGACUUGUGGAUCAACCUAUACGCCUGCGUGAACUACGACCCAUUUGCGAACCGAGGUUCUUCUCAUGCUUCCCCAACCGGGGGACUCACCAAGUUCCAAAUCCUGUUUUGGGACUGGACAAAAUGGCUCAGAUGCGAUGCAAAGCUGUGGCUGUUGUCAGUAUGGGAGGAUUUGAGGGGGUUCUUUGCGCGAGGAACGUCGUUCUUCAGCCGGAACACCAAAAAGAAGAGGAAGAAGUGGCGGAUUCCUGGGCCGACGUUGCAAGGAAUCGUGGCAGACACCAAGUCCCAGCUUGAGCGGGAAGAGGAGGAAAAGGAAUUGGAAAGGCGCAGGAAAGAGCAGGAGACAGCAGCUGACAACGGCAACGGCGGAAGUCGUCGGAAAGGCGGCCGUGGAAACGGUGGUAGAAAGCAAAGGAAAUGGUAAAUGCAUAUUUCUGAAAACUGUCGGUUCUCUGUGAGGUGCUUUUGGGUCCUGGAAGAUGCCAUUGCACAUGUUCUUUGCACAAGUAAGCAGUGAUGCUAGUGACUUAAAGUAGAUUCAUACGAGACAUGACCGUCUAAUUUUUGGC